AUGUCUCACUAUUCUUUUGUGCUUCCCCUGGCAGUAUUACUGCCCGCUGUCUUCUACUACUUCGGGAUCAGUAAGAAGGGAGGCUCAUUUACGUCGAUCGACAAGAUUCAACCGGCCCAAGAAGUGAAAAAGUCAAGGUCCAAGCCCACCGCGCCCAAGCCAGUCCAGUGGUAUCGGGACCUGUUCUACCAGCUUCAGCAUCUGGAAGACCAUCCUGCAGUGCUCGAGCCCGCCCGAGAUGAGCUCCUGGCCAUGUUCUCGCGGGGCAUUUCACUUGCCCUCGAGCGGCCACAAGGGAGUAUCUUCUCCAUCGAGCAGUACGAUGCGAAAGGUAUCUGGAGCUUCAUCGAGGGCGAGCAUGAAAAGGUCCUAACGGAGUGGACGAGUUACCUGGAACGGAGGAAGCAGGGACAAAGUCCAGAGCUGUUCGCAACCACACAAGCCGCCAAGGCAUGGCUGGUGCAACAGGCCCCCGUUAAGUUCGUCGACGGGGCCUGGCUCGCCCACACCCACAAGAUCACCACUCCUUUCGCCCUCCGGCACGUCACCAAAGAUGCCUGGCAAGUUCUGUCCGAAGAGCUGGGCGAUGGCGACCUGUCCAAGCACCAUGUCUAUCUGUACCGCCAGUUGCUAAAGGAGAUCGGAUGCCCCCUUCCAGAGGGCCACAGCGCCGACUUCAUCAAGCCGGCCCACUGGGAUGGGGUGAACAAUCGCGGUGCGUGGGAAGCCGCUGUUGGCCAGCUUCUGAUCUCCCUGUUCCCCAAUGAGUUCUUGCCCGAGAUCCUUGGCUUCAACAUGCACUACGAGCUCAUCACCUUGGACACCAUGCGGGCUGCUCAUGAGCUCAAGGCUCUCGGUAUCAACCCCUACUACUUCCUCAUCCACAUCUCCAUCGACAAUGCCGAUUCCGGACACACAGCCAUGGCCAUACACGCCGUCACGCGCUACCUGGACAUGGUGCGAGCAACGGAGGGAGAGGUGGCUCUUGAGCAGGCAUGGAAGCGUGUCCAGGUUGGGUACACUUUAUCCCAGACACUGGGUAGUGUUUCUCACGAGCGGAAAACGUCGAGUUCUUCGAUUACCGUCACGACUCCCAACAUACCCCUCGACCCCCUCAGCGCCCGUGUGAUCGGCAUCUUCAAAGCCAAGGCGUCUGUCUCUCACCAGUUCCACUGCCACAGUCGGGCACGGAUUGGAGGUCAAACUUUAGCUCAGUGGCUAGCUCCAAGCAUGUGGACAGACCCGCAUCCGCAGCAACACCUGGACCUCCUGACGGCCCUGAGCCAGGCUAAGCCGUGGAUCUACCCGGGCUCGAGCAGCAAAAGCCUUCUCGUGCGAGAAUUGUCGUGGGAAGGACGCAUGUUUGGUGCAUUCACACUUGACGAGCUCGCCGCUCUUACCGCAUGGAUCGACUCCUUAAGCCCAGACAAUAGUGCGUGGCUAUACUGGGGCUUCACCUACAGGGCGCCAUUGUCUUCCAAGGCUGCCGUGGGUGAGCUACAGGAUCCGACUCGUCAUCAUCCGGUUGUGCCACCUUUCGAUUCGGACAUCACAGACGCAGCAGAGAGCCUACUCACGACCGAAUCCCAGGAGCCGGACUCCGAGCUUCGGAUAGAACAUCAGCCAUUAGCUGUACUAUCGAGCGACCAACUACCAGAUGUAGUAGCCCUCUGGUUCGCGCACAUUGGUCUGCUCGAAAACACCAUCAACGCCCCCUCGCAGACCGCAUCCCCACUUUACGCCAGCAUCCUGCGUCUCCUGCGCGCACAAGCCGGGUUCGCCGUCGAGGCCCACAUUGUAGCUGGUAUGGAUGAGAUGAAACGGCUCUCCUGCCCCAGUCUGGUUAACAUCGGCCUCGAGCUGGUCUCCCACGCCGGAUGGGGCCCCGGUGCCACACCCUCGAGUCUGGAGGAUGUCUUGCAAAUUACGGGCCGACACGGCCAAAGGCUGGAAAGCGCCAGACUGGCGCACAGGAUGCUCCGGUGGGGUGCGCGGCCCGGUGCCAACCUUGGCUUGCUUCUGGGCCUGGCGUUGGCUUUUUUGGAGCUGAAGGAUGCGGUUGCGAGGACGCCCGGGCUGCUGGAACCGGAAAGCCGGGUUAUUUUGGAGGCUAUUGUGGCGAGAGAGAGGCAGAGCCUGGGAGAGUGUGCGCAGGAGCUGCGGGGCGUGGAUGGGGCGCAGUACAAAAGAUUGGUCGGAGGGUAUCGGUUCGGCAGGAGUGCUCUGGAGAAGUGCUUGUAA